AGUACAGCGACAGCUGUGGCAAAGCUGCACUUUUUGACGACGUGCGCCGCUGUCUAUAAAAAAUAUAAUUGACUUUGCUUUCAAUUUGAUUUUAUAAAUUUGGCCAAAAUGGUGUCUGAUGAGCCCGAAGUUGAGCUACAAGCAACUGAAAAUGCUGAGCUGCAAGAUGAAAACCAGCCUAAGAAGAUCUGUACUUUAGAGAUCCUUCGAAUCAUCAAAGAAGCUCAACAACAGCAUGGUCUGCGGCAUGGGGACUACCAGCGUUAUCGGGGAUACUGCUCAAGGAAAAUCAAACGCUUGAGGAAAGCCCUUCACAUUCCUCAAGGAGACAGGCGCCACUUCCGUAAGAAAGAUGUUACUGAGGAGAUGGUCACCGAGGAAAAGUGGCUGUACAUCCCUUUAAUGCUUGCGGAAAGAGCCUGGAGCUACGCAAUGCAGCUGCGACAGGAAUCUAACACGGAACUAAGGAAGAAGUUCCAUCUGAUCAGCAGGCUCAGAAAAGCAGCCACCUAUGCUCUUCAGCUCAACACCCUUUGUCAGGGUGACAAGGUUGAUGCAAGAACGAAGCUAGAGGCUCAAGCUUAUGUUGAUUGGAUCCACGGCUCUCUGCAUUUUGAGCUGCAAAUGUGGAAACCAGCUAUGGAAAACCUGAAGAAGGCUCAGGUAGUUUAUGAGAAACUCGCUGCAGCUCUUUCAGAGGACGAUCGAGUUGUCUACAAGCAGAGGGUGGAAGAGCUGGCUCCCAGUUUGCGCUACUGUGCCUACAACGUUGGUGAUGAGACGGCCAUUGACGAUUUGCUGAAGAUGCGAGGAACAGGCCAAGGAGAUCUCUUGGCUAAUCUGGAUACUCUGAUAGCCCAAACAAGAGACAAGAGGUCUCAGGAGCUGUCUGAUGUAGUAUGGCGAGGUAGGACUGUUCCAGUCAAGCCUGACAAAGUCCGGCCUUUCCUUGCAGCGGACCAGGAGCUCAAGGAGACCCUUGAUAGAGCACAAGAUAGCCAGGCUAAGGUCACGCUCAUUGAAAACUUGCUGAUGGACUGCAAGGAUGCUAUUGCUGCAGUCAAGGAUGAAUUGAAGAACGAUCCUAACUUCAAGAUUCGUUGCCAAUCUCAGAGCGGCCCCGUCUCUUCUCAGCAUUAUCUUCUCUCUUACUUGGUCUACAUUCGACUGACCAGAAAUGUCGAAAGAAACCUCAUUAUGGUUGAAAGCACCAAGCAGAAUUUGGAGCAAGAUGGUGGCGAAGGGAAAAAGGCCAAGCCACAGGACUUGACUCGUCUCUAUGAAAUCAUCCUUCAGAACAUCACAGAACUGAAGUCCUUAGCUGGCUUUGAGGAUGAUGCCAAGUUCCAACAAGAAAUUGAAUCCCAGGUUAAGGGAUACCGAGCAUUCAGAUGCUAUUACAUGGCCCAAACGUUAGUGGGUCUGAAGCGCUGGAAAGAAGCGAUUGCACUUUUCCACCGUGCUGAGGAGUACUUGAACCAGUCCUUAACGCAGCAGGCACCUGCACCUUUGUCUGCUCAGUUGAAAAAGCUGAAAUCUGACAUUGAAGGCCAAAAGUUCUCUGUACAUGCUAACAGUGUGCUAAGUGAAGACGAGCAGACCGAGACGUCUACCAAAACUUACGUCAGGCAGAAAAAGCCACUUGCUGAGCGUCUGGAUGAGUAUUGCGAGGAUCAAGCUCUCACUACAAAGCAGCCGAACGUUUUCAAAUUGCCACCUGAAUUUGAGCCAAUCCCCUGUAAGCCGCUGUUCUUCGAUUUGGCUUUCAACCACGUCGAGUUUCCCUCGCUGGAGGACAAGCUGGAGCAAAAACAGCAACAAGGCGCUGGAAUUUCUGGAUUUGUCAAAGGGUUGUGGGGCUGGGGUGGAAAGAAGUGAUUUGAUUUAUCUGAUUUAUGAAAAUAUCAUAUAAUUAUGUUAUUAAAACUUUCCUUGAAUAAAGUUUUCUUUUUUGAAAUAUU